AUGGAGAAGGAGAAGGCGACCGUCAAGGAGGCUGCCGUCAGCCAGGUCACCAGCACCUCCUCCCAGACUCGACCGUCCACCUCUCCCGCCGCUCGGAACGCUGAAGAUCUCAUCGAAGAGGUUCGGCGCAACAACCCCAAUGGAGCCACUCGGACGACUGGUGUCUCGGUUCGCCAGGCAGAGGCCGACUUCGCCGAGCUACAGCGCGAGUUGUCGCACAUGUCUCGUGCCAGCCAGGGGCGCAGCCAUGGAGACGACGAGAAGGGCUUUCCCAAGGGCGGCUUCCCCUCGUCUGAGGAGACGUUCGAGCAGUUCGAUCUGGAAGCCGUUCUGCGAGGCGACCUGGACGCUGAGAGGGAAGCGGGGAUCCGGCCGAAGCAUAUCGGCGUCUACUGGGACGGUUUGACUGUCAAGGGCAUGGGUGGACAGACGAACUAUGUCAAGACCUUCCCGGACGCGUUUGUCGACUUUUUCGACAUCGUCACCCCGGUCAGACGCAUGCUCGGCUUGGGCAAGAAGGGAGCCGAGUCCACGCUCUUGGACCACUUCAAGGGCGUCUGCAAGCCUGGCGAGAUGAUCCUCGUGCUGGGCAAGCCUGGGUCUGGCUGCACGACCUUUCUCAAGACCAUUGCAAACCAGCGGUUCGGCUACACCGGAGUUACUGGCGAGGUCCUCUAUGGUCCCUUUACCGACAAGGAGUUCAUUCAGUACCGCGGCGAGGCCGUCUACAACGAGGAGGACGACGUUCAUCAUCCGACUCUCACAGUCGAGCAGACGCUUGGCUUUGCGCUGGAUGUCAAGAUCCCCGGCAAGCUGCCCGCCGGGAUCACCAAACAACAGUUCAAGGAGAAGGUCAUUACGACCCUUUUGAAGAUGUUCAACAUCGAGCACACUCGCAAGACGAUAGUUGGAAAUGCUUACGUGCGUGGUGUGUCCGGCGGCGAGCGAAAGCGUGUAUCGAUCGCCGAAAUGCUAAUCAGCAACGCCUGCGUCCUGUCUUGGGAUAACAGCACCCGGGGUCUCGACGCCUCGACCGCCCUGGACUUCGUCAAAUCGCUCCGUAUCCAGACCGAUCUUUACAAGACCAGCACAUUCGUCUCACUGUACCAGGCUUCCGAGAAUAUCUACGACUUGUUUGACAAGGUCUUGGUCAUUGACGAAGGAAGACAAGUCUAUUUCGGCCCGGCUCGCGAAGCCAGGGCUUACUUCGAGGGCCUCGGCUUCGUCCCUCGUCCCAGGCAGACCACGCCCGAUUACGUUACCGGCUGCACGGAUGCCUACGAGCGCGAGUACCAGGAAGGCCGGUCCCCGGAAAACGCUCCGCACAGUCCGGCCACCCUGGAAGCGGCCUUCAGGGAGUCGAGGUUCGCCAAGGACCUGGACGAAGAGAUGGCUGAGUACAAGAAGAAGCUCGCCGAGGAGGCCGACCGUUACGAGGACUUCCGCAUUGCGGUUCGCGAGCAGAAGCGCGGCGGGGCGUCCAAGAAGUCCCCCUACUCCGUGGGGUUCCAUCAGCAGGUGUGGGCUCUGAUGAAGCGGCAGCUGCUGCUCAAGAUGCAGGACGUACUCGCUCUGGUUCUCUCGUGGCUCCGCAACGUCAUUAUCGCUAUUGUCCUCGGCACCUUGUAUCUCAAUCUGGGACACACGUCGGCCAGUGCGUUCAGCAAGGGCGGUCUGCUGUUUAUCUCGUUGUUGCAUAACGUCUUUAGUUCGUUCUCAGAGCUGGCCGGCACGAUGACCGGCCGCGCGGUCGUGAACAAGCACCGGGCGUACGCGUUCCACCGGCCAUCGGCGCUGUGGAUUGCGCAGAUACUCAUCGAUCAAAUCUUUUCUGCCUCGCAAGUCCUCGUCUUCUCGCUGAUCGUCUACUUCAUGACCAACCUGGCUAGGGACGCCGGCGCCUUCUUCACCUUCUAUCUGCUGCUGCUUUCGGCCAACAUGUCCAUGACCCUGUUCUUCCGGAUUCUCGGCUGCAUCUCGCCCGACUUCGACUAUGCUGUCAAGUUUGCCACGGUCGGCAUCACGCUCAUGAUCACCACUGCCGGUUACCUCAUCCAGUGGCAAUCCCAACAGGUGUGGUUGCGAUGGAUCUACUACAUCAACAUUGUCGGCCUGUCCUUCAGCGCCUUGAUGGAGAAUGAAUUCAGCAGGAGCACCAUGACAUGCACGGCCGAGUCCCUCAUCCCCGCAGGUCCCGAGUAUACCGACAUCAACCACCAGGUCUGCACCCUCGCCGGAUCGCACCCCGGGACGCUUGAGAUAUCAGGCAACGAAUACAUCGAGAAGGGCUUCUCAUACGCACCCGGUCAACUCUGGCGUGACUGGGGCAUUGUUGCGGCAAUCAUUGUCUUCUUUCUCGUAUCAAACCUUGUCGCCGGCGAGUUCGUGCGUCACGGCAUGGGCGGCAACCAGGCCAAGGUGUUCCAGAAGCCGAACGCGGAACGCAAGAAGCUCAACGAGGAGCUGCUUCGGAAGCGGGAGGAGAAGCGCAAGGCCCGCGGGGAGGAGUCGGACUCGUCGGAGCUGAAAAUCAAGUCGGAGAGCAUCCUCACCUGGGAGAACCUCUGCUACGAUGUCCCUGUGCCCGGCGGAACUCGGCGCCUGCUCGACAAUGUUUUCGGCUACGUCAAGCCCGGUCAGCUUACGGCCUUGAUGGGUGCGUCCGGAGCGGGCAAGACCACACUCCUAGAUGUGCUUGCGGCGCGGAAGAACAUCGGCGUGAUUUCCGGCGACAUCUUGGUGGACGGCAUCAAGCCGGGCAAGGAGUUCCAACGCGGCACGUCGUACGCCGAGCAACUCGACGUGCACGACCCGACGCAGACGAUCCGCGAGGCGCUGCGGUUUUCGGCCGACCUGCGCCAGCCGUUCGAGACGCCGCGCGAGGAGAAGUACCGCUAUGUCGAGGAGAUCAUUGCGCUCUUGGAAAUGGAGACAUUUGCCGAUGCCAUCAUCGGCUCGCCCGAGGCUGGCCUGACCGUCGAGCAGCGGAAGCGGGUCACGAUCGGCGUUGAACUGGCUGCCAAGCCGGAGCUUCUGCUGUUCCUCGAUGAGCCGACCUCGGGUCUCGAUAGCCAGAGCGCCUUCAACAUUGUCCGCUUCCUGAAGAAGCUCGCCGCCGCGGGCCAGGCCAUCCUCUGCACCAUCCACCAGCCCAACGCUGCCUUGUUUGAGAGUUUUGAUCGGCUUUUAUUGCUCAAGUCAGGUGGACGGUGCGUCUACUUUGGCGAUAUCGGCAAGGAUGCGUGUGUUCUGAGGGACUACUUGAAGAAACAUGGGGCCGAGGCUAAAAGCACCGACAACGUUGCCGAGUUUAUGCUCGAAGCCAUCGGCGCUGGAAGCUCUCCGCGCAUCGGCAACCGCGAUUGGGCCGACAUCUGGGCCGACAGCCCGGAGUUUGCCAACGUCAAGGACACCAUCUCGCAGCUGAAGGAGGCGCGCAAGGCCGCGGGCGCGCAGCGGAACACGUCGCUCGACAAGGAGUACGCCUCGCCGUUCUGGCACCAGGUCAAGGUGGUGGUGCACCGGGCCAACCUGGCGCACUGGCGCACGCCCAACUACCUCUUCACGCGGCUGUUCAACCACUUCGUCAUCGCGCUGCUCACGGGCCUGACCUUCCUCAACCUGGACCACUCGCGGCAGUCGCUGCAGUACAAGGUCUUUGUCAUGUUCCAGGUCACCGUGCUGCCGGCCCUCAUCAUCUCGCAGAUCGAGGUCAUGUACCACGUCAAGCGCGCGCUGUUCUUCCGCGAGCAGUCGUCCAAGAUGUACAGCUCCUUCGUCUUCGCCAUCUCGCUGCUCGUGGCCGAGAUGCCCUACAGCAUCCUCUGCGCCGUCUCCUUCUUCCUGCCGCUCUACUACAUCCCCGGCAUGCAGACCGAGUCGUCGCGCGCCGGCUACCAGUUCUUCAUCGUGCUCAUCACCGAGAUCUUCUCGGUCACGCUGGGGCAGGCCCUGUCGGCGCUGACCCCGUCGCUCUUCAUCUCGUCCCAGUUCGACCCCUUCAUCUUCGUCACCUUCUCGCUCUUCUGCGGUGUCACCAUCCCGGCGCCGCAGAUGCCCGCCGGCUACCGCACCUGGCUGUACGAGCUCAACCCCUUCACGCGCCUGAUCAGCGGCAUGGUGGUCACCGCCCUACACGACCUGCCCGUGCAGUGCAACCCGGAGGAGCUCAACGUGUUCCAGGCGCCGAGCAACACCACCUGCGGUGAGUACAUGCGGCCUUUCUUCGAGCGCGGCGGGCCGGGCUACCUCGUCAGCAACGCCACGCAGGACUGCCAGUACUGCGCCUUCAAGGUCGGCGACGAGUUCUACGGCCCGUUGGGCUUGAGCUUCGACCACCGCUGGAGGGAUCUGGGCAUCUACACUGCGUUCAUCGGUAGCAACUUGAUUAUCUUGUUCAUUGCGAGCCGAUUUCUCAACUACAACAAGCGGUGA